AUGGGACAGCAAGGAAAAAUAGUUGAUGAUUAUGGUGAUAGGAGUAGUAGGGAUGGGACAGCAGGGAAAAUAGUUGAUGAUUAUGGUGAUAGGAGUGGUAGGGAUGAGACAGCAAGAAAAAAAGUUGAUGAUUAUGGUGAUAGGAGUAGCAGGGAUGAGAGAGCAAGAAAAAUAGUUAAUGAUUAUGGUGAUAGGAGUAGCAGGAAUGAGACAGCAAAAAAAAUAGUUAAUGAUUAUGGUCAUAGGAGUAGCAGGGAUGUGACAGCAAGGAAAAUAGUUAGUGAUUAUGUUGAUACGAGUAGCAGGGAUGGGACAGCAAGGAAAAUAGUUAAUGAUUAUGAUGAUACGAGUAGCAGGGAUGUGACAGCAAGGAAAAUAGUUAAUGAUUAUGAUGAUACGAGUAGCAGGGAUGGGACAGCAAGGAAAAUAGUUAAUGAUUAUGAUUAUACGAGUAGCAGGGAUGGGACAGCAGGGAAAAUAGUUAAUGAUUAUGAUGAUACGAGUAGCAGGGAUGUGACAGCAAGGAAAAUAGUAAAUGAUUAUGGUGAUAGGAGUCGUAGGGAUGGGACAGCAAGGAAAAUAGUUUAUGAUUAUGGUGAUACCAGUAGCAGGGAUGUGACAGCAAGGAUAAUAGUUGAUGAUUAUGGUGAUAGGAGUCGUAGGGAUGUGACGGCAAAGAAAAUAGUUGAUGAUUAUGGUGAUAGGUGUUGUAGGGAUGUGACAGCAAGGAAAAUAGUUAAUGAUUAUGGUGAUAGGAGUAGUAGGGAUGGGAGAGCAAGGAAAAUAGUUAAUGAUUAUGGUGAUAGGAGUAGUAGGGAUGUGACAGCAAGGAAAAUAGUGGAUGAUUAUGGUGAUAGGAGUAGUAGGGAUGGGACAGCAGGGAAAAUAGUGGAUGAUUAUAGUGAUAGGAGUAGUAGGGAUGGGACAGCAAUGAAAAUAGUGGAUGAUUAUGGUGAUAGGAGUAGUAGGGAUGGGACAGCAAUGAAAAUAGUGGAUGAUUAUGGUGAUAGGAGUAGUAGGGAUGGGACAGCAAGGAAAAUAGUGGAUGAUUAUGGUGAUAGGAGUAGUAGGGAUGGGACAGCAAUGAAAAUAGUUGAUGAUUAUGGUGAUAGGAGUAGUAGGGAUGUGACAGCAAGGAAAAUAGUGGAUGAUUAUGGUGAUAGGAGUAGUAUGGAUGGGACAGCAAGGAAAAUAGUGGAUGAUUAUGGUGAUAGGAGUAGUAGGGAUGGGACAGCAAGGAAAAUAGUGGAUGAUUAUGGUGAUAGGAGUAGUAGGGAUGGGACAGCAAGGAAAAUAGUGGAUGAUUAUGGUGAUAGGAGUAGUAGGGAUGGGACAGCAAGGAAAAUAGUGGAUGAUUAUGGUGAUAGGAGUAGUAGGGAUGUGACAGCAAGGAAAAUAGUGGAUGAUUAUGUUGAUAGGAGUAGUAGGGAUGGGACAGCAAGGGAAAUAGUGGAUGAUUAUGAUGGAUUCAUUUGUGGGGUAGGGAUGGGAAAUGUGGGAAAACAGUACAGCUUUGUUCCAGUGUUUACUGUCCUGGUAGUGGUAGGUCAGUAA